AUGGCAGUUGCAGGAAGUGCUACCUUCUCUACAUCACUCUCAACAGUAUCUACCUUACAAAACCGACAUGCAUCACAAUCCACAACCUUUCUUGGCGUUCCCCUAUGUCAGAGUAUGUCUGUUACGAAGAAAAAACCACCGCAUAGGUUUCUAGUGGUGGCAGUGACCAAAGGCUCAACAGAGUCAAGUAAAUCCGACGAAAAAAUCCCGUCGUGGGCUAAGCCUGAUUCCAGUGAACCUCCCCCAUGGGCUCAAAAUGAAGCACAAAAGGGAAGCUCUUCUUCUUCGGAACAAGGAUUUGAGAUUCCGUUUUAUGUUUAUUUACUUGCCUCUGCUAUCACUGCAAUUGCCGCAAUAGGUUCGAUAUUUGAGUAUGUGAAUCAAAAGCCUGUGUUCGGUGUUUUGAGUUCUGACAGUAUAUUUUAUGCUCCUUUGCUUGGUUUUUUCGCCAUCACCGGCGUUCCUACUUCGGCCUUCUUGUGGUUCAAGUCUGUUGAGGCAGCCAACAAGGAAGCUGAGGAACAAGACAAGAGAGAUGGUUAUAAGUGA